CACCCCUCCCCCAACAGCACCCCGUUAACCCUCUCCUCCCCCCUCUUCUCUACCGACCUCUUCCAAUCCCUAUUUAUUUAUAGGUGUGGAGGAGGAGGAGGGGGGGUCCCUGCAGAAAAUUAGGAGGGGGGGAGGGUGAAAGCAGGAGUGGAUUUUACAUUCAUGAUUAUGGGCGACAAGAAGAGCCCGACCAGGCCAAAAAGGCAAGCCAAACCUUCAGCGGACGAGGGUUAUUGGGACUGCAGCGUGUGCACCUUCCGGAAUACGGCAGAGGCGUUCAAAUGCAGCAUCUGCGAUGUCCGAAAAGGAACCUCUACCAGGAAACCAAGGAUAAACUCUCAAUUAGUGGCACAGCAGGUUGCUCAGCAGUAUGCCACCCCACCUCCACCCAAAAAGGAGAAGAAAGAGAAAAUGGAAAAGCCCGAGAGAGAAAAAACCGAGAGGGAGAAAUACGACAAAGAGAAACCAGAAAAGGACAAGCUGGACCGGGAAAAGCUGGAUCGAGAGAAGUUUGACCGCGAGAAGCUGGACCGGGAAAAGUUUGACCGCGAGAAACUCGAUCGAGAAAAGUUUGACCGCGAGAAACUCGAUCGAGAAAAGUUUGACCGCGAGAAACUCGACCGGGAAAAGAUCGAUCGAGAGAAGCUGGACAGGGAAAAAUUAGACAGGGAGAAACUAGAAAGGGAAAAAAUAGAGCGCGACAAACUGGACAGGGAAAAACUGGAUCGCGAGAAACUCGAUCGAGAAAAGCUGGAUAGAGAUAAACCGGAGAAAGAGAAAAUCGAAAAGGAGAAGCCAGAGAAAGAACAGAAAACGGACAAAGAGAAGCCCGAAAGAGAGAAGGAAAAAAGCGCUCGGGACGUCAGCUCAAGUGUUGUGAAAAAGACUGCUAAUAAAAAGACCAGGCCAAAGUCAGACAUAUUACGAGAUCCACCCAAUGAAGCCAAUAGUCUUCAGUCUGGAAACACCACGACGAAGAUCACCAACUUUAAUCACAGCUCUCGACCCGGCAAGAUAGAAAGAUCUAAUAAUACCCAAAUAAACAGUCAAUCAGGAAGAGCUCAUGUGCACGCUGAUAAAUAUUACGGAAUGGGACGAGUUUUAAGCACAAGAGCACAGAGCCUCCACGGCAGACCCCGGCUGAAAAACGUGGACCGGAGCACCGCGCAGCAGCUGGCGGUAACGGUGGGAAACGUGACCGUAAUAAUCACAGACUUUAAAGAAAAGACUCGUUCGUCCUCCACGUCUUCGUCCACCGUGACGUCCAGCGCGGGCUCAGAACAGCAGCAUCAGAGCAGCUCCGGCUCGGAAAGCACAGACAAGGGGUCUUCCCGCUCCUCGACCCCGAAGGGUGACAUGUCUGUGGUGAACGACGAGUCUUUCUGAGGAGGAAAAAAAAAUGCAAAACAACAACAACAAAAAUCAAUAA